GCGAUCUUGGGGCGUGGGCGAAGCAGGGUGCCCUCCUCGGCUGUAGUGUGUGGGCUGGGGUUGGUGUGAGCUCCUAUCUUGGCUGCACUUGGCCCACAGUUCUGCUCUGGGGCUUUUGUGUCCGGCCUUUGCUUUGUGUGUGCGAGUUUUUUCUUCUUUUUUUUUUUUUGCUCCGCGGUGUUGCUCCCGGGCGGGAGUCGGGAGGCUCGGAGGCGGCAGCGCGGCGCCCCCACCGGGCAAAGAGUGAGCGCGCCGGGUGCGAGGGCUGCGGGGAAGAGACGUCGCCGAGAUGCCGGAGUUCCUGGAGGACCCCUCGGUCCUGACGAAAGAGAAGUUGAAGAGUGAGUUGGUGGCCAACAAUGUGACGCUCCCGGCCGGGGAGCAGCGAAAAGACGUGUACGUGCAGCUCUACCUGCAGCACCUUACGGCGCGCAACCGGCCGCCGCUCGCCGCCGGCGCCAACAGCAAGGGGCCCCCGGACUUCUCCAGCGACGAGGAGCGCGAGCCGACCCCGGUCCUCGGCUCUGGGGCCGCCGCCGCGGGCCGCAGCCGAGCCACCGUCGGCAGGAAAGCCACAAAGAAAACUGAUAAACCCAGACUAGAAGAUAAAGAUGAUCUAGAUGUAACAGAGCUCACUAAUGAAGAUCUUCUGGAUCAGCUUGUGAAAUAUGGAGUGAAUCCUGGUCCGAUUGUGGGAACAACCAGGAAGUUAUAUGAGAAGAAGCUGUUGAAACUGAGAGAACAAGGAACAGAAUCAAGAUCUUCUACUCCUUUGCCAACCAUUUCUUCUUCAGCAGAAAAUACAAGACAGAAUGGAAGUAAUGACUCUGACAGAUAUAGUGACAACGAGGAAGACUCUAAAAUAGAGCUCAAGCUUGAGAAGAGAGAACCACUAAAGGGCAGAGCAAAGACUCCAGUAACACUGAAGCAAAGAAGAGUUGAGCACAAUCAGAGCUAUUCUCAAGCUGGAAUAUCUGAGACUGAAUGGACAAGUGGAUCUUCAAAAGGCGGACCUCUACAGGCAUUAACUAGGGAAUCCACGAGGGGGUCGAGAAGAACUCCGAGGAAAAGGGUGGAUACUUCAGAACAUUUUCGUAUAGAUGGUGCAAUAAUUUCAGAGAGUACUCCCAUAGCUGAAACUAUAAUGGCUUCAAGCAACGAAACCUUAGUUGUCAAUAGGGUGACUGGAAAUUUCAAGCAUGCAGCUCCUAUUCUGCCAAUCACUGAAUUCUCAGACAUUCCCAGAAGAACACCAAAGAAACCAUUGACAAGAGCUGAAGUGGGAGAAAAAACAGAGGAAAGAAGACUAGAAAGAGAUAUUCUUAAAGAAAUGUUUCCCUUUGAAGCAUCAACACCAACAGGAAUUAGUGCUAGCUGCCGCAGACCGAUCAAAGGGGCUGCGGGCCGGCCAUUAGAACUCAGUGAUUUCAGGACGGAGGAGUCUUUCUCAUCCAGAUAUAUUCCUAAGUAUGUUCCCUUGGCAGAUGUCAAGUCAGAAAAAACAAAAAAGGGACGCUCCAUUCCCAUGUGGGUAAAAGUUUUGCUGUUUGUUGUUGUGGUCAUUUUUUUGUUUUUGGUCUAUCAAGCUAUGGAAACCAACCAACGAAAUCCAUUCUCUAAAUUUCUUAAUGACUCUAGAAAUCACAAGUGAAUGAUAUCUCUUUGGCACACUCAGCUUGGUCUCCUAUUUUUAAUAACUGUAUAAAAAAACAUUUGUGUACACUUGUUGACUGAAGAGCUAAAAAUAAUGUGAUUUCACCUCAAUAAAUGUAUUCCAUUGAAAAGCAAACAAGAUAUAUAAAUGGACUUCAUUUAUAUGUUUUGGACUUUGGACUAGUAGGAGAUCACUUCGUGCCAUAUCAAUCUUUUUUAGCUCUGGAACAUUUUUGUAGGCUUUAUUUUUUUAAUGUGGGCAUCUUAUUUCAUUUUUGAGAAAAAUGUAUAUUGUUUUCGGUGUAUUUUGGGAAACAAGAAGGGCAAAACAUGGCAGUCUAAUGUGAAGCUACUCAUUUAAAUACUUUGAAUUCUUACAGAAAAGAUUUUAAGAUUUAUUCUCUGCUGAAUAAAAACUUUAGAGAUGUGAAACAUGAAAUUCGGUAAGGGAAAAAUGUAAUGGGGUUGUGCUUUUUUUAACGGCAGCAAAGUUUAAUGGAGUUUAUGGGGAAAAGUACAGCAAUAAUCUCUUCUGUAACUUUUAUUAAUAGAAUGUAUUGCCGUAGCCCUAUUGUAUUCACUUUUUAAAAGAUUUCUAGUAUCAUGAAUGUCCUACUACAGUAAGACCCAUUAAAUACAGUUGAUUUUUAGCAGGGAUUUUUUAGUGUGACAUAUUUUAGAGAGCUGUUAGCUGGCUUUAUGUGUUUUUAAAAGCUGUUUAGCUAGCUAUAAGGCUAUAAUUGGAAACAUGUAUUUUUUAUUUACAGCAAAACAUUUUGUCAAUCCAAUUUGCUACCAAAAUAUUUUUUAGAUUAAUAAGUGUGUAUGUCUGUUUAGAAGUUAGAAACUAAACACUGGUCUUAGGUUCCAUUUGGAUUUGUUAUUGCAUUGUCUUCUUUUACCAAAAACAAAUUUUGCCAAGUUAUUUUGCCCUCUAUUUCCCAACAUAAUUAAAGUGCAAAAAUAUUUUUUUUUUAAAUUACAUAGUAAACUUUUUCUUGGAUACAUGGUAGUUAAUACAUAAGUUUGUAAACUCAGAAUAUGAGAUGGGCAUUAUGAUUUUUGUGUACUCUUGAAGUGGUUAACUUUAUCUUUGUAGUUGAUUUAUUUUUUUAGCUAAAACUUACCUCAUGUAUAACUUGGUUAAGUAAAAUAGUAGGUAAUUAAAAUUUCAGUAGAAUCAAGUAAAACGAAAAUUUUAUUCAUUUGAGUUUCAAUUUUACAGUCUUUGACCAUAAAGCACACUAACCAUGUAAGUUAUUUUUAAAUAUCAUCUGAAAUAAAAAGGUAAUUUUAAAAAAGGAAAAAGCUAAAGAUGUGUAUUUAGAUGAGCAUACAAUUUUGAUUUGAAUUAGCCCUAUUCUGGUAUUUAGCUUUUAGAUACUUCGUAGAUUUUUUCACUUAAUUGGCAGUUUACCAGAAAUGCUUGUAAGCCUGGUCCUACAGGGAAAGUGAAAAACGUACAUCUAGAUCAGAAGCACUUGCCUCUCUGAUUAAAGUAUUUUCUUUGAGAUGAGCCACAGAGGGGCACAGUUUACUCAGCUUUUCGCUGUAAGGUAAUAGCAGUCUACUUUUACUUUGUUUUUAAACCUUGUUUCCCAUUUUGUUUUCAAUCUUUUGUUUAUAAUUAGAAAUUAUGAGAAGCUGCAUUUAAUGUUUAAAAAUAUGGAAUGAUAAAUCAGACUUAAUAUGUAUGUAAAAUCAGUUUUCUAAUAGGAAAGGUAUGGUCCAAAAUAGCAAAAUUAGGACCAGGUAAAACAUGUAGUCUUUUUUUUUUUAAUGUGUUUGGUCUUUGUCUGUUUCUUAUUCCACUAGAAUAAAUAUGUCCUUGAUGUAAAUGCAAAGCAUUUCUUCCUGAUUAAACUGUAGAUGUAGACUUUACAAUAUAAUUCAACAAUAAAAAAGUAAUUAACCUCUA